UCUGCCGCGCCCCCACCCCACCCUACCCCACCCUACCGCACCCUACCCCACCACAGCAGGCACUGGGGUCCUGGGACCACCAGGGUCUGAGGCCCAAAUCCUUCCUCACUAAGGGGAGGGGAGGGGUGUUCCGGCAGGGCGGGGUGGGAAGGCGGGAUCCCGCUUGGGCAGGAUUGUGACAUAAGAGUGCCCUGGUGACAUGGAGCAGAUCUGGAUCCAAGCCUAAUAAAGGUGGCAUAAAUAAAGGUGUCAUAAAGACAGGGCGGGGCUCACACUUGUAAGGGGCACGAGCGUCUCCGGGCUGCCAGAAUGGCUCCCACUCAGUGUGUAGCACUAGUGUGUGUCAUGUCCCGGCUGCGUGUCUGGGGCCCAUGGCCCCUCCUUAUGUGGCAACUAUUGUGGCCACUAGUCAAGGAGGCUCAGCCUCUGGAGUGGGUCAAGGACCCGCUCCAGCUGACCUCUAACCCCCUGGGGCCUCCUGAGCCCUCGUCUUCCCACUCCUCCCAUCUCCCAUGGGAAUCUCCCCAUGCGCCUACUCUCCCGGCAUACCCCGGGGACUUUGAUUACCUGGGGCCCUCUGCUUCCUCAGAGAUGUCAGCCCCACCCCAGGAAUCGACUGAAAAUUUGGUUCCAUUCCUGGACACAGGUUCAGCUGGAGAGCUGCCCCUGGGGCCAGAGCAGUUCUCGGCUGCACAGCAGGAUUUAAACGACAAGCUGACUCCGCAAGAAAGGCUCCCAGAGGUUUCAAAACUAACCAAAUUUAUUGUUUCGCCCAAGAACCUGAAGAAAGAUCUAGCUCAGCGUUGGAGCCUUGCUGAGACUGUUGGGAUUCCACGUCAAUUAUCCACACCUCGGAGUCAGAAACAGACUUUGCAGGAUGAAUAUUCGAAUAUGGAUACACCAUAUCCCGGCAGCCUGCCUCCAGAACUCCGGGUGAAGUCAGAUGAGCCUCCAGGGCCCUCUGAGGAAGUUGGACCUUCUCAAUUCCAUCUGGAGCCCGAAACUCAAAAUCCAGAGACCCUUGAAGACAUCCAGUCCUCUUCAGCCCAGCAAGAAGCCCCAGCACAGCUUCCACAGCUCCCUGAGGAGGAAGAACCUUCUUCAACCCAGCAGGAGGCCCCAGCUCUGCCUCCAGAGUCUUCUAUGGAGAGUCUAACUCUACCGAAUCAUGAGGUGACAGUUCAACCUCCAGGUGAGGAUCAAGCUCAUUAUAACUUGCCCAACAUUACGGUUCAACCUGCAGAUGUGGAGGUUACCAUAACUUUAGAGCCCACCAAUGACACAGAAUCUUCCCAAGCCCAGCAAGAGGCCCCAAUUCAGUUUCCAGAGGAGGUGGAACCUUCUGCAACCCAACAGGAGGCGCCAAUUGAGCCUCCAGUUCCUGCUAUGGAGCGUGAACUUUCCAUCAGUGGGCAGGAGCAGCCAGCUCAGCCUUCUGAGUCUUCUGGGGAGGUCGAAUCUUCUCCGACUCAGCAGGAGACCCCAGGUCAGCCUCCAGAACAUCAUGAAGUCACAGUUUCACCUCCAGGUUACCAUCAAACUCGGCAUUCAGAUUCGCCCAAUGUCUCUGUUAAGCCUCCAGACGUGCAGCUCACCAUAGCAGCAGAGCCUAGUGCAGAGGUGGGAACUCCUCUAGUCCACCAGGAGGCUACAGCUCAGCUCUCAGGGUCAGGUAAUGAUGUAGAACCUCCCGCCAUCCAGCACAGGGGCCCACCUCUGCCUCCAGAGUCAUCGGAAGAGGCUGGAUCUUUCACAAUUCAACCUAUUAAUAAUGAGAACCUCUCUCCAACCCAGCAGGAGGCUGCAGGUGAGCAUCCACAGACCGCUGAGGAGGGUGAGUCUUUCCUAACCCUUCAGGAGGCCCCAGCUCAGACUCCAGAGUUCCCUAAUGUAGUUGUAGCUCAACCUCCAGAGCAUUCACACCUGACUCAAGCCGCAGUUCAACCUUUAGAUCUGGGGUUUACCAUCACUCCAGAAUCCACGACAGAGGUUGAACUUUCUCCAACCAUGAAGGAGACCCCAACUCAGCCUCCUAAGGAAGUUGUACCCCAACUUCGAGUAUAUCAAGAGGUAACAAAUCCAACACCAGGUCAGGAUCAAGCUCAGCAUCCAGUGUCACCCAGCGUUACAGUUCAACCUUUGGACCUGGGACUUACCAUCCCUCCAGAAUCCACUACAGAGGUUGGACAUUCUACACCCCUGAAGAGGAUUAUAGUUUCUCCAGAGCACCCUAAGGUGACUCUUCCACAUCCAGACCAGGUUCAGACUCAGCAGUCACACGUGACUCAAGCCACAGUUCAACCUCUGGACCUGGAGCUUACCAUAACUACAAAACCUCCUACAGAGGUUAAACCAUCUCCAACCAUGGAGGAGACCUCAACUCAGCCUCCAAACCCAGGGCUUGCCAUAACUCCAGAGCCCACUACAGAGAUUGGACAUUCUACAGCCCUGGAGAAGACUACAGCUCCUCAUCCGGAUCAGGUUCAGACUCUGCAUCAAAAACUGACUAAAGUCACAGGUCCACCUACUGAGCUAGAACCUACUCAGGAUUCAUUGGUGCAGUCUGAAAGUUACGCCCAAAAUAAGGCUUUAACUGCACCAGAGGAACAGAAGGCCUCCACAAGCACCAACAUAUGUGAGCUCUGUACCUGCGAAAAUAAGAUGCUGUCAUGUAUUGAUCUCAACCCAGAGCAGAGGCUCCGCCAAGUGCCUGUGCCAGAGCCCAACACCUACAAUGGCAUCUUCACCAUCUUAAAUUUCCAAGGAAACUAUAUUUCUUACAUUGAUGGAAAUGUAUGGAAAGCAUACAGUUGGACCAAGAAACUAAUUCUCAGUGAAAAUAACUUGACUGAAUUACAUAAGGAUUCAUUUGAAGGCCUGCUAUUCCUCCAGUAUUUAGAUUUAUCCUGCAAUAAAAUACAGUCUAUUGAAAGACAUACAUUUGAACCACUACCAUUUUUGCAGUUUCUAAAUCUUGGUUGCAAUAUAAUUACAGAACUCAGCUUUGGAACAUUUCAGGCCUGGCAUGGAAUGCAGUUUUUACAUAAGUUAAUUCUGAAUCGCAAUCCUCUGACAACUGUUGAAGAUCCGUAUCUCUUUCAAUUGCCAGCAUUAAAAUAUCUAGACAUGGGAACAACGCUAGUCCCACUUACAACACUUAAGAACACUCUCAUGAUGACUGUUGCACUGGAAAAACUGAUCUUACCUAGCCAUAUGGCCUGCUGCCUCUGCCAAUUUAAAAACAGCAUUGAGGCUGUCUGCAAGACAGUCAAGCUGCAUUGCAACAGUGCAUGUCUGACAAACACCAUACAUUGUCCUGAAGAAGCAUCUAUAGGAAAUCCAGAAGGAGCGUUCAUGAAGGUGUUACAAGCCCGGAAGAAUCACACAAGCACUGAGCUGACUGUUGAGCCGGAGGCGCCCUCAGACAGCAGUGGCAUCAACUUGUCAGGCUUUGGGAGUGAGCAGCGAGACACCAAUGACGAGAGUGAUGUUAUCAGUGCCCUAAGUUACAUCUUGCCGUAUUUUUCAGCGGCAAACCUAGAUGUGAAAUCAAUGUUAUUACCGUUCAUUAAACUGCCAACCACAGGAAACAGCCUGGCAAAAAUUCAAAGUGUAGGUAAAAACCUGCAGAGGGUUAACAGAGUCGUCAUGGGCCCAAGCAGCAUCCAGAAAAGGCACUUCAAAGAGGUGGGAAGGCAGAGCAUCAGGAGGGAACAGGGUGCCCAGGCAUCUGUGGAGAACGCUGCCGAAGAAAAAAGGCUCGGGAGUCCAGCCCCAAGGGAGCUGGAACAGCCUCACAUACAGCAGGGGCCUGAGAAGUUAGCGGGAAACGCCGUCUACAGCAAGCCUUCGUUCACCCAACAGCAUAAGGCAGCAGUCUCUGUGCUGAAACACUUCUCCAAGGGCGCGCCUUCUACCUCCAGCCCUGCAAAAGCCCUGCCUCAGGUGAGAGACAGAUCGAAAGACUUAACCCACGCUAUUUCCAUUUUAGAAAGUGCAAAGGCGAGACUCACACAUAUGGAGGAUUCUAAACCAAUCAUACGUUCCAGAAGAAAAUACCACCUUCCCAAAACUCGCUCCCACGUGGCCCACAGAACACCCAAGUUCAAAAAGAGUCCAAAGUUCAGAAAGAAAAGUUAUCUCAAUAGACUGAUGCUCGCAAACAGGCCUCCGUUCUCUGCAGCAAACAGCCUCAUAAAUUCCCCUUCACAAGGGGCUUUUUCAUCCUUAGGAGACCUGAGUCCUCAAGAAAACCCUUUUCUGGAAGUAUCUGCUCCUUCAGUACGUUUUAUAAAAAACACAAAUGUAAACAACACAACUGCAAGAAAUGCCUUUAAAGAAAACGUUUUUAUGGAAAACACUAACAUGCCAGAAGGCACCAUCUCUGAAAACACAAACUACAAUCACCCUCCUGAGGCAGACUCCACUGGGACUGCAUUCGACUUAGGGCCAACUGUUACACAAACUGAGACAAAAGGGGAACACAACAACGCGGGCACUGACCUGUCCCCCGAGCCCAAAAGCUUCAAUGACCCAUUGCUCUCGUCCCCAGGUGAUCAGUUUGAAAUUCAGCUAACCCAGCAGCUACAGUCCCUUAUCCCCGACAACAAUGUGAGAAGGCUCCUUUCUCAUGUUAUCCGGAUCUUGAAGAUGGACUGCUCUGGGGCCGAUGUGCAAGUGACCUGUGCCAGGCUCAUCUUCAGGACAGGCCAACUGCUGAAUCUUCUCAGCAAGCAGCAGGAAGUAAAGGCAUCCAAGGUAGAAUGGGAUACAGACCAAUGGAAGACCGCUACUUAUAUUGAGAGCACGGAAGCCCAGAGUGAACACAAAGAACAGAAGUCGCUUGAGCUCACAAAGGAAGUUCCAGGAUAUGGCUAUAAGAAGAAACUCGCCUUCGCAGUAAUUGUGACUAUCAUAGUAACGAGUUUGAUUAUACUUCUCUGCCUCAUUGUGAUUUAUUGUCACCGAAGGCCACCACAAGAAGAUGAAGAAGGAUUCUCAAGGGACAGAUUUCUGCCACGGAGGAGAUACUCUUCGCAAAGGGAGAGUCAGGAUGGACUUUCCUCAUUCGGACAGCCGCUCUGGCUUAAAGAUAUGUACAACUCUCUCAGUGCCACAAGAGUAUAUAAUCACACAUGGAAGCUGUCCAAGUCAUCUCUUGAGGACGAGAGCCUCAACUAGGACCCUGGGGACAGCGAAACCCCAGCAGAGAACGGGGAGGAGAGUGAAGCCCUGUCACAGGAGAACAAAGACUGACCCCAGCCCACCUCAGGCCUCCUGCAAAAAUACGUAGCAUAAACAACAAGGGCCAUCAGAAGGAAAAGCAGGACUGAAGCCGGCGGCCCAUGCAUCCAGAGGCAGUGGGCAGAGGAAGCACAGGGCCAUCGUUCCCUCCCUUGUUUCCCAGUCUAAUUAGUCACCCAGACCUGAAAACAUAUCCUCAGGAGGUGGAGAUUUUGCAAUUAAAUACCAUUGUUUUUGGUGCCCUCUCCCUUGGUUCACCAAGCACCAGUCAUAUAAUCCCACAUACUUGAACUCCUGCCCACAGGGGACCUCCCAUCUCCUGGCCCCUAUCAUAGGAUCACUGGGCCUACCUGCACUGUGGGGGCAAGCCCUGCCUUUUUCCCAAGCCCUCAAGCACAUGCAUGAAUGUUCAUCCAGACUUGGUAGAGGGCUUUUCACCCUUACAAGAUGACAAAAGAUUCACAUUGCUUUUUUUUUAAUUUGUUUUUCUUUUUAAAAAUCCCAACCCUUGGAUAGCAGGGAGGUGCUGGAGGGGUAGGGUCCAGAAGAGCGUGUGAGAAUAGUAAUUUCUCAAGACUGCCCGCUGCGGGACUGUAUUUCAGAAAACAUACUGGUGGGGCUACCUCUCCAUUCACAUGUACUGCCCUAGCCUUUCCCCAUCCCCCGCUGAUGCACAUCCGUAACUGUACUGUUCCAUAACAGCAGCAGAAUGUUGCAGAAGGCGCCAGGAUUCCUCCACUCCAUCUUCAAAGAAAAAGUCACUAAUAAAUCACAUUUGGUUAGUGAGCAAAAGAAAAUCAGAAUGAACAAGAAUUGGUAAUCUACCUAAUUGAACACAAAUGAACUCUGGCAGUUCGGUAAUAGGAGGUAAAGAACGGCGCUAACUGCAGAACAGCAGCCCCCCUACCUUCCCAGGAGCAGUGUGACUGGGAAGCAGCCCCGUGUGUGUGCUGGUGCAGGUUCUAAGCAAAGUGAGCUGCCCAUCAGUUCCGAUGAGUUUGCUAAUGCUGGACAUAAGACACCUGUUCUCUUGCUGCUGCCCCAGUUAUCUCCCAAAGUUCUUUACUGAGAAUGAAAAGCAUCUUUCUCUGUGUGGUGACUUCAGUGGGCCAACAAAUAUUUGAGUUUAAAGCACAAGACUAAAUAAUCAUAGGCAGAGCAGCAGCUACCAUUUACAAUUUGCUUACUUGAUGCUAAACCCUGGGUUAGGCAUUUUACAGUCAUAUCAUUUAGCCCAGAAAUUCAUGGAAGCAUAGUUGUUAAAAUCAUCUGACACUUUGGGAAGCCGAGGCGGGCGGAUCACGAGGUCAGGAGAUCGAGACCAUCCUGGCUAACACAGUGAAACCCCGUCUCUACUAAAAAUACAAAAAAAUUAGCCGGGCGUGGUGGCAGGAGCCUGUAGUCCCAUCUACUCAGGAAGCUGAGGCAGGAGAAUGGUGUGAACACGGGAGGUGGAGCUUGCAGUGAGCCAAGAUCAAGCCACUGCACUCCAGCCUGGGCAAGAGAAUGAGACUCCGUCUCAAAAAAAAAAAAAAAAAAAAAAAAAAAAAAAAAUCAUCAUCUGACAGAUAAGGAUAUAGGGCUCGAAGAACGUAGGUGACCUGCCCAAAGUGUCCAAAGCCACACAUCCAAAACGACAAAUUAGGGUUUUAAGCCAGCACUGUUAGACUUCAAAGCCUCUUAACCAUUCCACUGCCCUGCUGUAGGGCAUAGGGAGAUGGGGGGAUAAGCCAGGGUUGCCAUCAAAGAGUUAAUAUAACAAUAACAUGCGGAUGGUGAGGAUGAUUGCAGCUGCUGUUAUUGGCACCAGCUGUGGUACAGGUACAGUGCUAAGCACUUUAAUUACACUGUUAAGUCACCAGGACAGAAGCUCCCCACACCAGCUCUAACAGGGGUGAGUGUUGGACAUAAGCAGGGAGCUGACAAGAAGCCAAGACAAGGCCGGGUGCAGUGGCUCAUGCUUGUAAUCCCAGCACUUUAGGAGGCUGAGGUAGGUGGACCACCUGAGGCAGGAGUUCAAGACCACCCCGGCCAACAUGGCAAAACUCUGUCUCUACUAAAAAAUACAAAAAUUAGCUGGGGGUGGUGAUGCACGCCUGUAAUCCCAGUUACUCA